UGAUACUUUAAAUGAGAAUUCAAAUGAUGAAACUCUGAUGAGUAUGUCUAUAAUAUUCAGAUCACGGAAAUUGUUUGUGUGUAGUUAGUUUAAUUAAUUAAGUAAUUGAGGAGUGAGGUAUGAUUGCUUUCAUGCGAUAUUUUAAACAUAAAGUUUAAACGCACCAUUAGGAGUAAUCCACGCGGAAGCUUGUUUCCCGCCAAAAAUAACUAACCUAUAUCGGUUUUCAAUUUCAAAUUCAGCACAAUUUUUCAUCCGUCUCUCGUUGGCUCAGAAACAGAGUACAUGCUCGCUUGACUGAAGAAUUUUAAAAAUUUAAGUCAGAAGAGCUUCGCAAUGUCGGCAGCAAAAGCGAGCGUGAAGCGAGUUUCCGAGUCGGAGAAUUUGAAUUCGGAUCGGCGAAAGCGAGUUAUUGCAGAAGAUGAUUUUGAUGCGGCCAUCUCAAGUGAUAUUAAAGGUAUUAUGAGCGCUCUUCAGCAGAUCAAAGAGAAGGCGCAGAAAGAUGGUCAGAAGAAGAAUGAAGAGACAAUUUCUAGUGUGGCUUCAGAGAUCAAAUCAAGUUUUGAUGAGUUGAAGUCAAAACUUGAUAAAGAAAGGCAAAGCUUUGCGAAGGGACUCUUAAAGAGCUCGAAAGAGUGUGAAAACUUACUGAAGAAUGAGACUGCAAAGUUCCAAGGAACGUAUGAGAAGUUCUGCAAGGAGAAAGCUGAACAUCUGCAGGCUCUGAACGAUGUAAUUGCCAAAUAUGAAGAAGAGAAGGAAAGAUUUUUUGCGCGAUAUGAACAGCUAAGGAAGAAAGAGAAGAGUAUGAUAUCUGAACAUGAGAAAGCAAGUGCAGCAAGAAUAGCUCAACUGGAAGAAUCCCUGAAGAAGAAGAAGCAGGACGAUAAAACCUUCACCAUUCUAAGAAAGACCCUGGGUUCAUUUUUUGGAAAUGCCUCAGAUGAGGACUUCCCUCCCGAUGACUGAAGGAUAUUUCCAUUGGUCUGUCGCAAGGGAAGUCCGUUUCUAACUUCCCGGCUUGAAAGCAAUCUACCUAAUGGUAUCCAACCUUUUUAUGCAGAGCAUUUAAUACCCCUUCAGAAAGCUUUUUAGUUCAGUUAACCCUGAAUUUCAUUGAGCUAGUGUCAUUCUUAAACUGGAUUUCAAUGUGUCGAGUUGUUGAUGGUUGUCGUUACUCCAUAAUCUUCAUUUUUCUGCUGCAACACAUGGAUGUAAAUACAACUGAGCUCCAUUUGAAGUUGCU